AUGCUUCGUACUCCACCCAACGUCUCGAAUGUGAAUCCCCACGUGGGGGAAAACGUUGCUACUCAACCGGACGCGAUUCCGGAGAACAAAUCUGUCGCCUCUGGUACAUCGAGAGAACCUGCGAAGUCAACGAGAACUCGAACAUCGCGAAGCAGCAGGACUGACAGUCAAAUCAAGCUCUUGGACCUGGAAGAGCAGAACGAGGAGGCUGAACUGCGAGCUUCCAUCGAGCGGGACAGAAUCGUGGCUGAGAAGCAGCUUGCUGAACUGCAGAUUCAACACGACCUGGCACUGAAGACCGAGCAGCGGAAAGCGGAGUUCCUGAAGCGGCAGCGAGAACGCGAUUUGAGGAAGAUCGAGCUGCAGUCUGACUCAAGUCACCGAUCGGGUACAUCGAGCAGAUCGAGUACCUACACCGACGUCUCGAAGCGCGUUGCAGAUUGGCUUACCGAAUCCGAUAAGGUCAGACCAACCAACGUGCAUGAAUCGUCCCACUGGAUAGAUCGUCCGUUCCUACAACAUCGCGAUGCAGGGAAUGCGUCGCCCCCCGACGUCUGGAAUGCGCCGCCUCCCGGCACAUGGAAUACGUCGGCCCCCGGCGUGCAGAAAGCCUGGAACCCGGGCACAUGGAAUGUGCCAGCCCCCGGUGCGCGAAAUGCGUCGGCUCCUGGCGUGCAGAGAGCUGUAAACCAGGGUGCAUGGAAUGCACCCGCCUCCGGCGUGCGGAACGCGCCGGCAUCCGACGUGCGGAGUGCGUCGGUACAAGAACCCGCUGUAAAUGAGGCUCUGUCGCAAGCUUUCAGAGCACUACAAAGUAGGAACAUGCGAGACUUGCCUCCCUUUUCCGGCGACAUUAUGGAGUGGACCGUUUUUGAAAACGACUUCAGAACAUCCACCGAAGAGUUUCAGCUGUCGGACCGUGACAAUCUUCGACGACUGAACAAAGCGCUACAAGGAAAAGCGCGAAGAACUGUAGAGUCGCUGCUCUCAUCGCCUGACAACGUGGAGCAGAUUAUGCGAAUGUUGAAGUCGAACUUCGGCCGCACUGAAUGGGUGGUGGCAAACCGACUGGAGGCGCUGAGAAACCUGGAGACCGUAAAAGAGGGAAACAUCGAGUCCUUCCGUGCCUUUUACAAUGCGGUAAUUGGUACCAAGGUGGCGAUGACCAACGCGAGGGCGGAUAACUACCUGAUGAAUCCCGAACUCAUAUCGCACCUGGCUGAAAAACUGCCUGCUUUCAGCAAACAGAUGUGGGUUCGGCAUAAGGCCGCUCUGUUGAAGGAAGGCGUUGUAAUCGAGUUCGACACUUUCUCUCGUUGGUUGGAGGAUGAGAUGGACAACCAGCUCGCGAGUCUCAACCCUGUAUUCAGCGUCAAAAAGCCCGGCUACCAGCCGAAGCCGAAGCCGACAGUCCUGAACGUCAACAGUCGCGACGAAGUGGUAGCGAAGAAGUGUCCUCUGUGCUCCGCAAGCUCUCACUCUGGCCUGGAGAAGUGCGAGCAGUUCCGGAAGCUGUCGGUUACCCAACGUCGAUCUGCUGCUAACUCUUGCAAGGUCUGCUACAUCUGCCUGAAGUUCGACCAUGCGAGGAGGAACUGCAAGUCCGACAAGAAGUGUUCCAUCUGCAAGAAGAACCACCAUGAACUGGUCCACACCGACGAACCUGCAAGGAACUCGAGGAUCAGUCGUACGGACGCGGCGAGUGGUGACGAUAAUGUCUGCAACUUCAACGGCAAGAACAUGAACACACUGCUCCGAGUUGGAAAGGUUAAGAUUCGUGGUCCACAAGGCGUCGCUGAAGUAUUUGCGCUUUUCGAUGAAGGUUCGUCUCUCUCGAUGAUGGAUGCAGCUGUGGCGGAGAGUCUCGGAUUGCGGGGACCGAUUGCUCCUGUGACCUACCGCUGGACAAAUGGGAUCCUGCACAAAGAGGAACAGUCGAUGAUGCUCUCGUUCCGAAUUUCUGGACCUUCCGAUCAAGCGAAGUGGUACGACGUGAACAAUAUCCAGACGGUGACAAACAUCGCCCUGCCGGCGGUGAAGUUCGACAUGGCGAGAGUAAAGCAGCUGUACCCCAUGCUCGAUGAAGAGAAGCUGGCUGCGAUCCAAGAUGCCUGUCCCUGUAUGCUGAUUGGAUCGAACAACGCAGGUCUGAUUGUGCCUCUGAAGACGGUGCAAUACUCAUUGGAUGGCUUGCAGCUGACUCGAUGCCACCUUGGAUGGACAAUCCAUGGAGUAGUGGACCCAGCCGGCGCCGGAUCUAGCAAUAAUCAUGCGUUCCUGUGCUCCGAAGACGACGACAUCGAGCUUACAGAUCUGGUGAAACAGAUGUACAAGGUUGAAGAUUUCGGGAUCUCUGGCCAGUCGGUGAAAAUAGCCGACGAAGAUCAACGAGCACUGGACAUCAUGCACCGUACCAUUACACGGCGUGGUGAUCGUUUCGAGGUUGGCCAGAUAUACAGGUACAACAACUUCGUCUUCCCGGAUAGCAAGCCUCAAGCCCUACGACGUCUCCAGAUCAUGGAAAAGAAGAUGGACUCGAAUCCUGAUUUCGCUGAUCGGUACUGCAGGAAGAUCCAGGACUACGUCGACAAAGGAUACGCUAGGGAAUUGGAACCUGAUGAGCUAACUGAAACUCCGAACACCUGGUACCUGCCGCAUUUCAGCGUGGCGACUGAUGAGAAGUUCCGCUUGGUGAUGGACGCCAAGGCAAAGUCGCACGGUUUUUCCCUGAACGAUCUGCUACUGAAGGGUCCGAAUUUCGUCCCUCCGCUGAUCGCGGUCCUGAUACGGGCCCGAAUGAAGAAGAUUGCCUUCGUUGCGGACAUACGGGAAAUGUUCCAUCAAGUCCUCAUCCGCAGAGAAGAUCAGGACUCCCAGCGAUUUCUUUGGCGUGGCAUGAAUCGCACGGACCCUCCUAACGAGUACGUUAUGCAGGUGAUGGUAUUCGGUGCAGUGUCGUCCCCGUCGAUGGCACAGUUCAUCAAGAACUUCAAUGCGAAGGAGCUGGAAGAAAAGCACCCCGGCGUCGAGCGAGCUGUCGUGAAGCAGCACUAUGUCGACGACUACUUCGACUGCGCGGACACUGAACAAGAAGCCAUCGAACUGGUUCAGCGUGUCAUUAAGGUGCACGAUCAAGGCGGAUUCAAGCUAGUGAAGUUCUCGUCGAACUCCCGUGCCGUAUUGGCAUCCCUCGAUCCGGAAAUCGUCGCGGACAAGGAAAGCGACGUUCGUGUCCUCGGAAUCGAGUGGGACCUGCAGUCCGACGAAUUCGUCUUCCCGCUAGACUUCCCAAAACUGGAUCAGCGAUUCCGGACAGCUGAAGCCGUGCCCACGAAGCGGCAACUGCUGAAAUUCAUGAUGGGUAUCUUCGAUCCACUGUGCUUGCUCAGUCCGAUCACGAUUCAGCUGAAGAUCAUCUUUCAAGAGCUGUGGCGACUGCAGUCGGGAUGGGACGAUGAGAUUCCUGAUGGUCUGGUGCCGAGAUGGAUGGAAUGGCUGAACGAAACUGCAGGACUGGGAGAAAUUCGCUACUAG